AUGGGCACAUUUGCACGCGAUAAGGUCGGAGUGUCCGACCCUGCUAACCUCGUCAUGGUUCUCAAUGCCGUGGGCAUCAUUGGCCGGAUCGUGCCGAACAUUAUUGCGGAGAGAUGGACGGGCCUUCUCAAUCUUCUCAUCCCCUCGCCGUUUACGACAGAACCCGGUCUCUACGCCUUUGCCAUCAUCAACGGCUUUGUUUCGGCGGCGCUGCAAGCUCUCUUUCCUGCUAUUUCGACGACCAUGUCUCCCGACAUGGAUAAAAUCGGUACGCGCGUUGGCAUGAUCCUUAGCGUGGUGAGUCUAGGCGUUUUGACCGGCCCCUACAUUGCUGGUGUCCUGAUUCAACGAGGGGGAGGCGACUAUCUCUACGCGCAAAUGUUUGGCGGGUCGAUGUUAAUUUUGAGCGCGAUGGCAGGUAUGGUCGUCCGGUUCGCAAGGGUGGGUUGGGUGUUGAAAGUUCGUGUCUAA